UCCGGUCAACACGGCAAAAUAACACAGAGCCGCUCAGGUAACGAGAUAAACAGGUUUAACUGGAAUGAAUAAAUGAAUACAAUAUAUCCCUGCGUUCAUUAGAAAAGGCAUUUGAGUGCGAGUGGUCGCCGGUGGGCGGUAAGGUAAGGCCGGAGGAGUGCUGCCGCUGUCCCCGCCCACUCCGGAAAACUCAGCCGAAUCGUCAUUAUUUUUAUUUUUCGAGGUGACGUGGAGUCGGUCCCCUUCUUCAACCUCGGCUCAUGUGUCGAUAAAAGUACUCGGUGUUCCCGGAUAUGUGCAUCAUGAAUGCCUAGGCCUGACACUUUGGGUGAAGAAAGGAGAUUUUUUUCCAAGAUGUUCGCACGGGUUUAGAUUUGGAGCCUGUCUUUCGGCGCAUACCCGAGGAGAGAGGAGACUCUUGGGGCCUGGAAUCCGAAAAAUCCGGCGGACAGGGGUUAUGCAGCUCGGAAUAGGACACCUGCCAGGUGGCUGCCAGAGGACGAUGGGCCUGUACUGCGUCUUGGUCCUGUGCCUCUUGCCGGGCUGGGCACUCGGCUACAAGCGGGGGGAUAACGUGACUCUGUAUGUCAAUAAAGUGGGCCCUUACCAUAACCCACAGGAGACGUAUCACUACUACACUCUGCCUGUUUGCAGACCAGAGAAGGUGCACCACAAGUCCCUGAGUCUGGGGGAGGUGUUGGACGGCGACAGGAUGGCAGAGUCAUUAUAUCACAUUCGCUUCAAAGAAAACACAGAGAAAAAAACACUUUGCCAGCUCACUCUCUCUGAGAAACAGGUGGAUCAGCUUCGGGAGGCCAUUGAGGAGCUGUACUACUUUGAGUUUGUCCUGGAUGACAUUCCAAUUUGGGGCUUUGUGGGAUACAUGGAGGAGAGCGGCUUCCUGCCUCACAGUCACAAGGUGGGCCUGUGGACUCACCUUGACUUCAACAUUGAGUACAACGGCGACUCUGUGAUUUUUGCCAACGUCUCAGUGAAGGAUGUGAAGCCCGUCCCUUUGGAGGAGGGGGGCGGCGCAGUCGGGGGCGUCGGGGUCGGGGGCGGCGGCCUGAAGGUGACCCACACCUACAGCGUGCACUGGUUCGAGUCGCCGCUGCCUCACGCCCGGCGAGCUGAGCGCCUCCGAGACUACUCGUUCUUCCCUAAGACACUGGAGAUCCACUGGCUGUCCAUCAUCAACUCCUUGGUGCUGGUGGUGCUGCUGCUGGGCUUUGUCAUCAUCAUCCUCAUGCGGGUGCUCAAGAACGACUUCGCCAGGUACAAUGUGGAGGAGGAGGGCGGCUGUGACGAUCUGGACCAGGGAGACAACGGCUGGAAGAUCAUACACACUGACGUAUUCAGGUUUCCCCCUUACAAAAGCCUGCUGUGUGCCGUGCUGGGAGUCGGGGCUCAGUUCCUUACUCUAGCCACAGGGAUCAUCGUCAUGGCACUGCUGGGAAUGUUCAACGUGCAUCGCCACGGCGCCAUCAACUCUGCGGCCAUCGUCCUGUACGCCCUGACCAGCUGCGUGUCCGGCUACGUCUCCUGCAGCUUCUACACACAGAUCCACGGCCAGCGCUGGGUGUGGAACAUCAUCCUCACCUCCUCUCUCUUCUCUGCUCCUCUGUUCCUGACUUGGAGCGUGGUGAACUCGGUCCACUGGUGGAGUGGCUCCACCCAGGCCCUGCCGGCCACCACAGUGCUCCUGCUGCUGGGGGCCUGGGUUCUGGUGGGCUUCCCCCUCACUGUAAUCGGUGGCAUUGUGGGAAAGAACCGGGCCGGCAGCUUCCAGGCGCCCUGCCGCACCCGCAACAUCCCCCGGCAGAUCCCCACCCAGCCCUGGUACAAACACACAGCCGUGCACAUGGCCAUCGGCGGCUUCCUGCCCUUCAGUGCCAUCUCAGUGGAGCUGUACUACAUCUUCGCCACAGUCUGGGGCCGAGAGCACUACACCCUGUACGGCAUCCUGCUCUGCGUCUUUGCCAUCCUCCUGUCGGUGGGCGCCUGCAUCUCCGUAGCGCUCACCUACUUCCUGCUGUCCGGCGAGGAUUACCGGUGGUGGUGGCGGAGCGUGCUGAGCACCGGCUCCACAGGCCUCUUCAUCUUCGUCUACUCCGUCUUCUACUACCGCAACCGGUCGUCCAUGAGCGGCCUGGUGCAGAGCGCCGAGUUCUUCGGCUACUCACUGCUCACGGCGCUGGUCUUCUCGCUGAUGCUGGGCACCGUGUCGUUCUGGGCCUCACUGACGUUUAUUCGCUACAUCUACCGAAGCCUCAAGAUGGACUAGAGAUGAGACAGACACACACACAUACACAUUUCUUAUUACUCGUCCUCAUACCACACAUGGACAAUCUCAUUCCCUACUUGCUCUUUCACACACACACACACACACACACACACACACACACACACACACACACACACACACACCUCCUAUGGGGUAAAUGGGAGGAGAAACAGGGGCCUUUUAUCUUGAUUUGGCAGGAGCUAAUGGAAAGACUAUAAGAGCCGUCAUGGUUGGGAUAAUGGAUAGUUGGUUGAAUAAAUGGAUGGACGGACAGAUUAAGGGUGAGGUGAAACAGCGGGCAGUGUGUAUUUAAAGGAAAAAGGGGAUAUUACAUAAUAAAGGGAUGACUGUGUCCCAUCGAGAGUGAAUGGAAAAAUGUGUAUGGUGAGGUGUGCAUGAAUGGUUGAGUCAUCGUGUGAUGCAGAUGUGAUGUUUGGCAUCAAGUAUGCCUCAGCAGGGCCCAUCAAGGCUUGGCAGGUUCUACAAAUUAUUUUUCCUACUUGUCCCAUUGAGGUUAACUGAGUUGAUUUUUAGUUUUUAUUAAUUUUACAGUUUUAAAUUUUAUUAUAACAUGGCCAUUUUGCUCCUCACAGACACACAGUAAUGGUAAUAAAAAUAGAAAAUGGCUUUAUAUUUUGCACUGGGCCUGCCAAGCUCCAUGUGGCCCUGCAGUGGAGCGGAGGACUGAUUUGUGGUACAAUGAAGAGCUGUUGCAAAAUGCUGGUGAUGGGAGCAACAUUGUCAUUGUGUUCUGUGGUCACCAUUGACUGUGAUUUUGGUUCUGAUGUAAAUAUACAAUCUUUUCAAUAAAAAUGCUUUUUAUUACAAUA